UGUUUGGCAUAGCCAUUCGCCUCGAACUAAAACUUUGGCAUUUCGCAGCACUGCUUGGCUUGGGCGCUUCUCAACACUUGGCUUUUGGAUAUUUUGUGUAAAUAUGUCUCGUAGUGCCCGCCCCCUCACCUCAGCACGUGUGCUGCACAAAAUCAAAGAGCUGAGCACGCCGCAAGCCAGCACGGAAUAUGUGAUCAACCGGAACCCCAGGAAUCUGGAAAGACUACGGAUUGCCUACAAGCCGGGUGGCUAUCAUCUCGAAAAACCAGGAAGAUCUUACUGGCACACUCUAGAAAUUAACACCAGUGGUCGUUAUGUCAGCGCCGAUGUAAAGCAUUUCGAAAACGGAACCAUUUUGAGUGCUAGCACCUCUGAAUGGGCCAUCAAACAGCAGCUAUACAAAACCAACGAUACUGCAGCAUUUGUAAACCUCGGAAGAGUUCUCGCUCAUCGAUGUCAACAGUCUGGGAUUACCGAAAUGACUUGCAAUGUGGAAGCUGUGCCUGGCAGCAAGUUGCAAAAGUUGCUUCAAACUCUUAAGGAUAACGGAGUGUCCUUCGAGGAGCCCGCUCGCCUGGCCAAUACACAGCCCUGGGAUGCCCUUCGACAUGAAAAGCCCUGGGAAGUGUCGGAACAAUCCUUAGAACCCGCAGCACCAGUAAAAGCAGUUAAAUAACGCAGAGAAAAUCUGUUUAGUUUUUGUUUCGUUUAGAAUAAACGUCGAUUAUUAUUGCUAA